UCUGAUACCAGCAGUACGAGUACGGAAUCGGAUAGCGAAGACAGCGAUGACGGGUUUUCAGAUUUGAUUUCACCUUUGAUGUUGCGUUUUUACCUCGAUCAGUUACGUUAUGUCGGGAGACCAUUCGUACCGAAGUCUAGCGCAUUCUACGACGAUCUUCUCUUCAGUCUGGAUGAAAGCCGGUUUCGACAGGAAAUGCGGAUGUCUCGUGCAACAUUUGACGCCGUGCUCACCCGAAUCAUCGACCACCCAAUUUUUAAAGGUAACUCUAAUAACAGCCAAGCACCUGUCGCAAAGCAACUCGCAACAGCCCUUAGCCGGUUCGGUUCAUGCGGAAAUGCUGCUUCUGUGGGAUCGGUUGCGCGGAAAUUCGGGAUAUCAGAGGGAACCGUCGAUGCCUUCACAAAACGCGUUAUUGUGGCAUUGGUUUCUCUGGAGAAGGAAGUAGUGCGGUGGCCUACUACAGCGGAGAAGCGGAUUAUAAAGCAUAAAAUCAAAUCUAAGCACCAUUUUGCCAGUUGCAUUGGAUUUGUUGAUGGCACCGACAUCGUUCUUGCCACAAAACCUUCGAUGAACGGAGAAGAUUACUUCAACCGGAAAAAGCGGUAUGCCUUGUCUGCGAUGAUUGUGUGCGAUUACUCAAAGCGGAUAAUUUACACUUCCUGUGGGUUUACUGGGUCUGCACAUGAUAGCCGGGUUUAUAAGAGCACUGAUCUGUACCGUAAUCCACGCAAAUACUUCAAGAAAGAUGAAUACAUUUUGGCGGACAGCGCUUACGCAAUUAGCUCAACAGUUAUGCCGCCGUACCGGAAGUCGGAGAAACGGAGAAAUCUCGCUAACCGGCGCUUCAACAAGCAGCAUUCAAGAGCUAGAGUACGUGUUGAGCACUGUAUCGGUAUGCUAAAAAAUCGUUUCCAGUGUUUAAAGGGCUGCGAAAUAUAAUUGCUUGUAAAAAUGAUCAUAGCCGUGCCGUACUGUGGUUUCGAACGUGCGUAAUAUUACAUAAUUUAUGCAUCAAAAUGAGUGACCCGUACGAUACUGAAUGGGGACAGCUGCCACAACAAGCGUCAGAAGAAAACGGGAACGAGGCCCAUGAAGCAAUUCCAGAAACAGAAGAAGGAACACAAAAAAGAGAACGAAUGAAAAACGCUGUAUUAACUAGUAUGGCAGAAUAAUUGAAUGUGUAUUACACUGCGAAGUAUUAAAACUGGAAUUAAAAACGGAAAAUGAUUUUGCGCUGCUAACGUAAUUAAUUAGGACAACAAAAAUGAAUCGUACUACUCUAAACCGGCUUCUCUCAUUCUAAGCCGCAGCUCCAUACGUCUGUUUUCGGCUUCGACCAGGCGGAUUUUUCGUUCUUCUAUUUCUCCUUCCAACUGUUUUUUCUGCAGUUCCAGUUUGUCCCGCUCUAAUUUCGCUUUCUCCGCGGCGCGCAGGUUGGCGGCCUCCUCUGUCUUCUCCAACCGAGAUCCUCUGCCUUGUUCCAAUCGCAUAAGCGUUUCCGAAAACGACAUCGUGGUCUUGGCCGAUGGCGGCUUUCUCAUGGUUUUUCUCUCCGCCCCAUUAAUUUCUUUAAUAUCGCGGGCAGUAAUUUCCGUGUCUGAUUCCGAGCUGGCAUCACCAUCCAUCCGUCUGUCUGCAUAACUACGGUGAUCUUCAUCCGGGCUUACUGGCUGCUUGUUUGAGGUCACUGCGCUAGACGAUGCUAUUGGCGCCGGUUGUUGUGGUUCUGCGUCAACACUGUUGUCGAUGUCAUUGACCUCCCCUGCACGUCCAGGAAACAUAAGAUCUUGGGCACUUGUCGAAGCCACUGCGGUUUCGUGCAUAC